GUAUCCAGGGACAAUCAGACUAGACAAAUACAAGAUGCCGUUUCAAAUGUGGAAAAACAUUUUGGUGAACUGUGCCAAAUAUUUGCUGGAUAUGUGCGUAAAACUGCCAGACUACGAGACAAAGCAGAUCUCCUAGUAAAUGAAAUAUAUGCAUAUGCAGCCACAGAGACACCAAACUUAAAAGUUGGACUGAAAAACUUUGCAGAUGAAUUUUCCAGACUUCAGGAUUAUCGCCAGGCAGAGGUUGACAGACUUGAAGCCAAGGUUGUUGAACCUCUGAAAUGUUACGGGACCAUAGUGAAACUUAAAAGGGAUGAUCUUAAAGCAACUUUAACAGCAAAGAACCGAGAAGCCAAGCAGUUGUCUCAACUGGAAAAGACACGUCAGCGGAAUCCAUCAGACCGACUCAUUAUUUCACAGGCUGAAAGUGAACUGCAGAGAGCAACACUGGAUGCUAAUCGAACAACUCGGCAAUUAGAGGAAACCAUUGAUAAUUUUGAGAAACAGAAGAUAAAAGACAUCAAAAAUAUAUUUUCUGAAUUUAUAACUAUUGAAAUGUUAUUCCAUGGGAAAGCUUUAGAGAUAUAUACUGCUGCCUACCAAAAUAUCCACAACAUUGAUGAAAAUGAAGAUUUGGAGGUUUUUAGGAGCUCACUCUAUCCACCAGACUAUCAAUCUCGUUUAGACAUAGUUCGUGCAAAUUCCAAGUCCCCUCUGCAGAGAACUGGCUCUUCCAAAUCUUCACUGAGGACAGUACAGAUUUCCCGCAGUAUGCUAAGAAAAGACGAAGAAGAAGAGGAGGAAGAUGAGGAGGAGGAAGAGGAGGAGGAGGAGGAAUUGGAUGGUACUAAGGAAGUGAGAUAA